AUGAAAAAGUAUCCGUCCAACAUCGUCGUAGCAGGGAUUAAUGACACCAAGAGUCAAAUGUCAAGCAGCAGUGUAGUUCAUAUCCGAUCGAGAUAUUCCGGUUUUAGUGCCAACGUGAAGUGCUUGGUGACUGACAAGGUUACAGCUGAAUUACCAUCAUCAACGGUGGACAUCAUUGAUUGGGAAAUUCCACCCGGAGUCCAACUUGCCGAUCCAUUGUUCUAUCAAUCUGGAAAGGUAGACUUGUUACUAGGCAACCAAUUAUUCUGGAAACUUCUGUUGCCUGGUGAAGUUCAACUAGCGGAUAAUCUUCCAUGUCUGCGAGAGACUCGGCUAGGUUGGGUCGUCGGUGGUGUUUGCAAUGACGAGAAGUAUGAUCCCGUAGUUAAUUCGCAUUCACUCACAUUUGACAAACUGAAUCGCUGCGUUCAAAAAUUCUGGGAAGUUGAGGAAAUAUUGAGUGCGGCGCCACCAUCGGAAGCUGAAGACUGUGAACGACAUUUUCAAGAAACUCAUCGUCGAGAUGAAACCGGGCGGUUUAUCGUUCAAUUGCCUUUGGAUAAGGAUGUUGCUGAGUUAAGUGAUUCCCGUUCGAUGGCUCUUAAAAGAUUUUACAUUCUGGAGAGAAGAUUCGAACAAGAUCCUGAGUUGAAGCGACAGUAUGCCGAGUUUAUGGAAGACUACGAGCGGCUCGGCCACUGUGAAGAGAUCAAAGAAGGCGAUGAUCCCGAAGGUGUUAUUUGGUACCUGCCACAUCACGCCAUCUUACGUCCGUCGAAUACCACCACCGAGUGGUAUUUGAUGCAUCCGCCAAAGUGA